AUGAUGAUUGCAGCGCUGCAUCCAUGUCGUGAUCUGAUCGGCCGACGGCAGACAUCUCAAUCCGAUUCGAUCUCACCAUCCGACAGCCCCUCAUCAUCGUCGUCAUCCGGGGCCAAGUUAUCGCCAGCAUCUGAAGAGGCCCUCUGUUUCCUGUACGGUUUACGCGAUAUGGACUCGCAGAUUCGACGAAGCUACGCUGCCAGACAUGGGCAGUGCGCCACCUGGACCCGAACAAGACCGAUUCUUUUACAAUCCGGUAGGUAUGAUCGAAGGUUACCCUUCCUCUGGCGUUUGAUAUGCGACUUUUCCGAUGUAGCCCCGAAUGGCGAGUUGUCACAGUCGAUUCGUGGCGAUAUAGCGAUGGCCGUCGACUGGGCUGAGCAAGUGCCGUCCUUUCAUCUUCUCUCGCCGACGUUACGGGUAGAUGGAAUGGCUCGUGCUGGUAGAAACUGUUUCCCAAUGAUUCCUCCGAAAUCUCUGGAGAAGGGGCUGAACCCAUUGCUACGUCCGCUCCUGUGGAAGACUGCAAACUUUGUCGAAUGGGGAGUAUAUAGUUAG